AUAAACACAUAAUAAAGAAGUAACACACGCAAGAAAGGAAGUGAGCACGGACCACGAUAGAAGGAAUAUUUAAUUGAUUGGAGUGCCGAAAACAACAGAACAGGAGAGGAAAGAAGGCAGGAACGAUCCUCCAACGUGCUAGCGACUGGUAGAGGAGAAGCGGCAGGAAGGUAGGGACGAUCAUCCAGCGCGCUAGCGCAGCGAGAGGGAGACAAGCAGGAAGAAUUUUUAACGUGUGGACACCAUUCGACGAAGACAACGCUGGAUUAACACUUUGACCGCCGGCCUGACGUCACAGUUUUUGAGUGAGCACGUAGCGCAUGGCAAGAGAGCGAUGAGAGUGACAAUUUCUCGUGCCAUUAUUAUCACUCUUUUGUUUCAUUGCGAUAACCCAACGGGACAAAAGUAGAAAGCUUGGAGCAAAAUAAUCGUUUGUCUCGCUCUAUCCUCUAUACCGCGCUUGCUUGCACUCAUGCGCGAGUGCUCGAGUAUAUUCUCUCAGAACUGAGCAUUCGCAGUUCAACCCGUGCAGUGAGAAUGUAUUUGUUAAUGUGCAGCGAAAUUUGUCUCUGUAUCUCAAUCCCCCAAAAAGCCACAUUCACUCUCCGCGCACUCUUACAAUUUUGGCGCGCACGCUACGUACAACACAAUACAAAAGGUCGUUUUAACCACACGCACUGAUCAAAGUCGCGAUGGUUCAAUCGGUACGCCGACGCUCCAUGUCAGAGAUUUGGUGUGAAGAAAAAGUUUUUCUGACCAAAUCGACAACACACACGCGGCGACACACAUCGUCACAUCGACCGCCGUCGAUGGAAGUGUGUGAUGAUCUAAAAAUAGAUCUGUGGGGCGAGUGAGAAGGGGGAGGGGCGUAGAACAAGAACGUAAGCGUGAGUCGUCGCGUGUGCGUGUGUGUACACUCAAGAACUCAUUUUUUGCUCUUUCCUGGAACCCACAUGUUUCUACAUUCUUCUGAUUUUAAGCAACAAAAGUAGAAGGGAAGUAGAAGGCUACUUCAUUUCUACUUUCCUUGCUACUUUCGAGCGUGUUGACUCGCUUGGGAAGCGGCGUAGCACAUGUCGUUCUCGUUCUCUCUUUCCUACCUCAUUCGUUCUCAAGAGAAUCACUGCCCAAGGAAACAUCCCAAACGUCCAAAACGCGAUGAAUGGGUAAAACUAUGGACCUGAGAUGGGGCCCUAUCUCAGUACCCAAACUGGUACCCAAAGGCAGACAAUUUUGGACUUAUUUUUUGAGAGAGAGCGAAAAAGCUGAUGCUUCUCCCUCUUCUCACACUUCUCUCUAGAAUUUCAUUUGUAUGAGUUCUAGGAAAAGGGGAAAGGGGAGGAGAUGUAGCAAGUGAAUUAUAUUGAUGAGAAGAGGGGAGACACAUUCAUUCACCAGUCACCGCCAAUAUCGAUAAUUUGAUAUUGGCCGGUGGUGUUUGGGGUACUGCGUUCCGUGUGGACCACGGAUGCUAAAUGAAAAUGCUCUGUAUAUUUCCGCCCAGGCUGCAAAUGACAGCGCGUAAGACCAAUUUAGCAGAUUUAUAACACCACAUUGAAGAGUUUAAUCGUUUUUUGGGCUUUUAUACAUAUAAAUCAAGCCAUUUCUUCAAUAUAACAUGGUAAAAUUAUUUAAAGUUAUUUUACAAACAAUUAUUUUAACAAUUCAGACUAAAUUAAAAGAUUUUUUAGUUUUAUACCACACAAGGCCAAUAUUGAUAUUGUUGAUGUUGUUCCCUUGUCCAUACUGUCUGUGUUUAUGUCGCUGCUGUCACACCACAAUCGCGCGCAAAUGAACAAAAUCUAAACAUACAGAACAUCUAACGAGUUAAAUUGCGUGCGUUAUUGCGAUAAUCUAGUGGUUUUUAGCCGUGAUUUUAUCAAAAAUAGGAUGGACCAAUCAUUCUCGAAGCGUAUUCGGCUCAACUCAUAUUUGUAUCGUACCCGUAACCGUAUAGUGGAGCAAGACCAGCUAGAAGAAAAUAAUACCAGUGAAAGAGAAAAUGAUAAUGCACAUACGCCAGAUGUUGGUGCUACAUCCUCACACGACAGUUUUCUUGUGGAACAUGAUUAUGUUGAAGAUGAUCAUGAAACUACUGCAUACGCUGAGGAAGAAGAGGCUGUAAUCGAUUAUCUCGAAAGCUCUGACGAGGAACAAGAAACAUCAAACGAACCAUUCUCCGUAAAAGAAGCUUUGCAAACGUGGGCGGUGUCUACAAAUCAAACUUAUGAUUCCAUCGAACAAGUCAUGGGUAUAAUCGGUAAAGUAAGUUCUUGCAAAUUGCCAAAAGAUGCUAGAACUUUGCUAAAAAUCAACCGCAAUCGCUCUUCGGAAAUUAUUACCGUGCAAGGUGGACAGUAUUGGUAUCGUGGGAUUCAAAAUUGCUUCACUAACGAGUUAAGCGAUGUAAACUUUGAAGCUGAUAAAACAAUUUUACUGAACGUGUCAAUAGACGGAUUGCCGAUUGCCAAAAGCAACAAUCUACAAUUUUGGCCUAUUCUAUUUAACAUUCAUGGAAUGCCGGAAAUACCAGUCAUGCCAAUUUCAAUCUAUUGUGGAGCAACAAAACCAGCCAGCAUAGAACAAUUUCUCCGACCUUUUGUAGAUGAGGUUAAUUUUCUCACAAAAAAUGGUGUGGUUGUAAAAAACAAGAAGUUUAACAUCAAAUUACGUGCUAUUAUCGCCGAUUCUCCUGCAAGAGCUUUUAUAAAAGGUGUUGCUUAUUUCAACUCGUUAGAUGGCUGCUUAAAGUGCACUUCGAAAGGAAAACACAUCAAUGGAAGAAACGCAUACUCGGACACCGCUGGCCCAGAUAGAACACAUGAAGGUUUCAAAAACCGAGCUUACGGUGAUCAUCACAAACUAGAUUCACCUCUUUUGGAUUUAGAUGAGUUUGACAUCAUCAUACAAAUUAUUGUGGCAGAUUCUCUGCAUUUGAUAGAUUUAGGUAUAACAAAAAGAAUGCUGAUGGCCUGGAUGUUUGGUAUGUUUGGUGUAAGAAAAAAAUUAACUCCUACACAAAUCAACUUUAUUACAGCUAAGUUACUUAACAUUAAACUUCCUGCUGAGAUCCAUAGAAAAUUUCGUCCACUUUUUGACAUCAAACAUUGGAAAGGAUCAGAAUUUGCUUCAUUUUUGUUUUAUGGUUCAUUUGUCGUUCUUAAGGACUCAAUUCCUGAAGAACAAUAUAAUCACUUCAUGCUGUUUUUUUGCAGCAUUACAUUGCUGUCUACAGAAGUUUACAAAGAGCAUUGGCCAUUAGCAAAUAAGUUACUUCAGCUUUUUGUAAAACUGUACAGUACACUAUAUGGUCCAGAAUAUAUAUCAAGUAACGUACAUAAUCUCUUACAUAUUUUCAAACAAGCCGAAAACUUUGGCCCCAUUAACACAAUCUCCUCAUAUGAUUUUGAAAAUGAGCUUCAACAUUUAAAAAAAUCAUUACGAAGCGGGGGCAAAUGCUUGGAACAAGCUAUAAAUAGAAUAACAGAAAGCGAAGCAUAUCAUACGCACGAUACAAAUCAACAAAUUACUUUUCCUUCUAUUCAUCUUCUUGGAGAAACAGUUACUCUUCAUAUUCGUAAAGCUUUCUGUUUAAAAAAUGAUCAACGCAACGAAUGGUUUUUGACAAAAUCAGGAUAUGUUUGUCAAUUCGGUACAGCAAUCAUGCAAGACGGAGUAAUAGAAAUAUCAGCAAAAAAGAUCAUUUACUCGUCUAGUAGUUUCAGUUAUCCUUACGAUUCUAAAAUGAUAAAUAUUCACCGAGCAAGUACUAAUGAUUUAGAAGAAAGUUUUUUUAGAUUAGGAAUCAGCGAUAUAAAAUGUAAAUUAGUUGCGGCACCUCUUGCUCAAGAAGAUGCAUUCGAUUUCGUUCCUUUAAUUCACACAUUAGUAAUAUGAAAUAAAUAAUAAAUAUUUGUUGAACGUA